CCAACCCUAAAACUUUUUUUUCUCGCUUUUCAAAACGGGCUAAGGAGCAGCAGGCGGGAGAAGCUGAAGCUCGCGAUGCUUCGCAAGCGGUGUGGUGACGGCAGCCUUCCGCGUCAGAAGGGGCCGUCACCCUUUCCUCUCACCAACCACGACCCAAAGCCCUUUUGCGACAUCUUUUGCGAGAUCAGAAGAUGGCCCCGACAGCUGAUACGUCGGGUCGCUAUCCUCCUCGGCGAUGGUGGCGCAAGGUGCCGUUUGUGCGAACAAGGCCGCGGGAAGAUGCCGUCUGCCUGCCGGCGGAGAACAUUGGCGCGAACCCGGUCUUGCCGGAGAUGGGCGCCAAUCUCUUCUCGGUCAUCACGUUUGGCUGGCUUCAUCGCAUUCUCACCAUCGGCUACACCAGGCCGCUCGUGGCAGAAGAGUUGUAUUCCAUGCCCGACCACCGGCAGGCCAAGGUGUACGCGGCUCGGCUUGAGGAAGCUUGGGCCAGGCGGACCGAACGGUCAAAGCUGGCCAUGGAAAAAGAGCGAGAAAAAAGCAUCAAGACCGAGAAGUCACCGUCUUUCGCUACUCGUUCGCUUUGGAGGAUUCUUCGGCGAGACGUUGUCGCGGAGGAGAAGUUGUGGAAAAAAAGGCAGCAGGACAGACACAAGCCCAGCCUGACCCUUGCCCUCAAUGACGUCGUCCUCAUAUGGUUCUGGCUCGGAGGCCUCCUCAAGCUCUUUGGUGAUCUCGCCAUCAUCACCUCGCCUUUGCUCGUGCGAGCCGUCAUCGACACGCUCCAGUACACAGAGGGUCCCCGGGCCGAGUCCGAGCGCCGUCGCGGCUUCGGCCUGACCGUGGGCCUCUUUCUCCUCUUGGUCGUCUCUGUCGUUUGCAACGUCCACGGCUUCUAUCGCUCUUACACGACCGGUAUUGCUCUUCGUGGCGCUCUGAUCCACGUCAUCUACCGUCGAGCGACAAAGCUGUCGGAACGGGCGAGGAAGAAGGGUGGCCUCGGCUCAGGCAAGCUCAUGAGCUUAGUGUCGGCCGACGUCAGCCGUAUCGACUUUUGCUGUGGCUAUCUUCACAUGGGAUGGACAAGCUUGGUGCAAGUGGUCGUCUGCCUGGCGCUGAUGAUUUACUCGCUCUCGUAUAGCGCCCUGCCCGGCUUCGCGCUCGUUGCACUUCUCUACCCGACACAGAACCUGAUGGUCAAAAAGCUCUUCGCUCUCCGUCGCGCGAGCAUGCCGUUUACAGACGCUCGCAUCAAGGCCGUCGUCGAGGCUGUAGCCAGCAUUCGCCUUGUCAAGACGUACGCCUGGGAACCGGCGCUUCUGAAGCGAAUCCGUGGCAUGCGAAACGAUGAGAUGAGCUAUCUGCGCAAACGGCUGAUCCUUCGUUCCAUCAACACCGCCGUUUCCUUUACCGUGCCCACCUUGGCAGCCGUCGUGAGCUUUGUGUGUUACGCCGGUACAGGUCACUCACUCGACUCCGGCGUCAUCUUCUCUUCGCUCGCCUUCUUUCUUCUGCUGCGAACACCUCUGCAAAUGUUGCCCGUCGCCCUGAGUAGCUUGGCCGACGCUCGAGCCGCUAUCGAACGGCUUGAGCUCUUUAUGCAUGCGGAUAUGCGAGGCCCAGACCCUCCGAUCGACGAGGAGAUGAACGAGAUGAUUCGCGUGCGCAACGCUCAUUUCGAGCACCAUGACCAGGACGACGACGAAACGCCGUCAGACACGGGUGCAGACUCGGUCAACGAGAAGAAGGCGCAGUCUGAUGAAGAAAGGUCUCCGACUGGGCUCCACAUCGAUAAUCUCACCGUCCGUCGCGGAGACAUCGUCGUCAUUGUCGGACCGGUGGGCUCAGGCAAGUCUUCGCUCCUUCGUGCCCUCCUCGGUGACAUGCGAGCAGUCAAGAAAGACGACUUGCGGCUGGGCGCACCUGUGGCCUAUUGCCCUCAGACAGCGUGGCUCUUGAGCGCGACAGUGCGUGAAAACAUCAUUUUUGGCAAGCCGUACGAUGAGAGAAGGUACACAGACGUGAUCCGGCAAUGUUGCCUUGAGGCCGACUUGGCCACGCUCGUCGACGGUGACCAGACAGUCGUCGGUGAAAAGGGUAUCUCGCUCUCAGGUGGACAGAAGCAGCGAAUCUCACUCGCCCGCGCCGUUUACAGUGGGCAGGAUCGACCGCUGCGCCUGCUUGACGAUUGCUUCUCGGCCCUGGACGCUCAUAUUGGCGCUCGCGUUUUUGAUCACGUUGUCCUCGAGGAGAAGCGGCGACGAAGGGAGGCUAAGGGCAGCAGAAGCAGCACAACGACAGUUCUCGUCAGCCACUCGCUAGCGCUUGUUCCCCAUGCCGAUCACGUCGUUUACCUCGAGACUGGUACGAUUAGAGAGCAGGGUAGCUACGCUGAUCUUAUGGCACGCGACGGUGCCUUUGCCAAGCUCAUGCGCGCUGGUCUCAAGCAGCAGCAGCAACAGCAGCAGCAGCGAGACCAGCCUGGAGGCGAUGACAUAGAUAAGGAAGAGACAGUUGAAGGGAAGCUGGAGGACGUAAAGACCGUGGAGGAGAAGGAGGGAGACAAAGAAAAGGAAGAGAAGGAACAGGAGGAAAAGAAGAAGAAGGACGAGAAAGCACCACGAGAUAUCAUGCAGAAAGAAGAGCGCCUCGUCGGGUCCGUCACAUUCCGGACCUACCUUGACUACAUCUUCCUUGGCCAUGCACCGAUCACGGUGCCCCUCUUCGUCACCUCCAUCGUUUUCUACCAGGCUGCUACGAUCCUCAGCCCGCUCUGGCUGAGCUGGUGGGAGGCCAAGAGAUGGCCUUACCUCUCUCAGGGAGUUUAUAUGGGCGUGUACGCCGCUCUCGGUCUAGGCCAAUCGCUCGGACUAUUCUGCAUGAGCGCUUCGUUUGCCCUUUUCGCCUUCUACACAUCGACGCACCUUCAUAGCCGCGCAGCGAAACGCAUCUUGCAUGCUCCGUUGUCCUUCUUCGAUACAACGCCGCAAGGCCGAAUCGUACACCGCUUCUCACGCGACAUUGACGCAGUUGACAAUGUUGUGGGAGAAACGCUCCGCCUCUUCAUCAGCACCACCGUACAGGCGCUGGGCUCCGUCAUUCUCGUGGCCAUCAUUCUGCCCUGGUUUCUUGCGAUCGCCGCUGUCGUCGUCAUCCUCUACGUCUGGACCGGCAUAUUCUACCGUCCCAGUGCUAGGGAGCUCCGAAGGCUCAACAAUCUCCUCCGAUCACGCAUCUACGAGCAUUUCUCCGAGUCCAUUGCCGGCCUCACAACACUUCGUGCGUACGGCGCGAUGGCCAAUUUUGAAAAGGAGAAUGCCGAGCGCAUCGAUUCGGAGAACCGGGCAUACUGGCUUUCGAUUGCCUGCCAACGCUGGCUCAAUAUUCGUCUGGACUUGCUUGGAGCCCUUUUGGUCCUGGCCACUGGCCUGCUCGUCGUUGGGCUGCGCGGCUCCAUCACCCCAGCCGAUGGCGGAGUUGUGCUGUCUUACAUGGUGACCGUUCAAUCCGUCUUCGGACAGAUGAUUCGACAAUCUGCCGAGAUCGAGAACAACAUGAACUCCAUCGAGCGGCUUCUUCAUUACGCCAACAAGGUCGAACAGGAGGCCCCACACGAGAUCCCCCACAUCGAUGAGCGUCUCGAGAAGAGUGGCUGGCCGAGUGAGGGCAAAGUCGAGUUUGACAACAUUACAGCUUCUCAUAGGCCCGAGCUCGCACCAGCGCUUCGCGGCGUUUCGCUGGCCAUCUCUUCGGGCCAGAAGGUCGGUGUCGUUGGCAGGACCGGGGCUGGCAAGACGACUUUGCUUUCAUCGCUACUUCGUAUGAUGGAGGCUUCUUCCGGCCGUAUCACCAUCGACGGCGUGGACAUCCAUGACGUGGGCUUGGGGCUCUUGCGUCGUCGCAUCUCGGUCAUUUCGCAAGAUGCCGUCCUUUUUGCAGGCACGCUUAGGUACAAUCUCGAUCCGUUCGGCGAGCACGAUGACUUGGACCUCUGGAAUGCCCUCAAGCAGGCCCGUCUGGUGAAUGCCCAAGAAGAAGUUGCGUCAUCGUCGAGCUCUGUGGCAGCGGAAACGAUUGUCGAAGAAAAGGCUGCGGCGAAGGAAGCAGACAAGGAGCCUCAGAGGCUUCAGCUAGACAUGACCAUCGCAGAGGAAGGCUCAAAUCUUUCGCAAGGCCAGCGAGCCCUCGUCUCGAUAGCUCGAGCCCUGGUCAAGCAGUCCAAGAUUGUCAUCUUGGACGAGGCGACGGCAUCUGUGGAUAGCGCCACUGACGGCCGAAUCCAGACGAUGCUUCAGGAUGUCCUGAGGCCAUGCACAGUACUUACCGUUGCUCACCGACUUGACACUGUCGUCGGACCCUCGGAUGUCGUUUGUGUUAUGGACCAGGGGCAAGUGGCUGAGUGCGAUGAACCCACGAAGUUGUUUGCGAAGGAAGGAGGUCUUUUCAGGCAGCUCUGCGAGAGUGCUGGCAUAGACGAACACGACAUUGUCAGGGCUAGAGACGCUGUCCAGAGUCGGACAGCCACUUUUAACGAAGCAUGAAUCACCUUAGAUCUUCAAGCCCUAAUCGUCUUAUCAAUGCAUGCUCAAUCUAAUUGCCAUCUGUCGUUUCGUG